GGAAUCGAACCCGGGUCCCCAGACUUAUGUGUGCGUACCUGCGGCCCAGCCCGGCUGCCUCGCCUGCCCCGGCCCAUUGGUGCCGUGGCCGGCUGAGUGAGGGGCUCUGAGCUCCUGGUAUGGGCAGCGUGGGCAGUGGAGCCUCCAGCCAGCGGGCCAUCACCAUGCGAAGUGUGGGCACGCGGACCACCCCGAACGGGCCCCUGGCGCCCGCGCUGCCCCCAAAUUCUGUCCGCCGGCGUCUGGAUGACCGCAGCUUCAGCGCUGAUCGCCUGCCAGCACCGGCCACCAAGACAGCAGGCGUCACUGCCAACGAGCACUCUGAGCGCACAGCCGCUUCUCACAAUGCUAAUCGGCAGCACACCGUCAACGGCGAGCGGCUGCUAUCGAACGCUGCUUUCUCCAAUGGGCCUAUGAGGAGGGAACCAGGCCACAGGCGAGGCGAGAGUCUGGAUCUGUGUGGAAACAGCAUAGUACUCAACAACAACAAUGAAAACAAGAACAGCAGCCAUCAAGCACCAGCGCAGCAGCAGCAGCACAAGGACAAGAGCAAAGCCAAGACAGACAACCACAACCCUCCCAACAUCCUGCCCAUCUCGGGCAAGCUGGAGCAAGCACAGGUACAACACGGCCUGAGCACCGAUGCGAAGGACCCUGAUGCGCUUGUCCGUCCCUCCGCCUUCAAGCCUGUGGUGCCCAAGAGCUUUCAUUCCAUGCAAAACUUGGUGUGCCCCCUUCAGGCCAGCGUGGGUGCAGGUGGGGGCACAUCAGGCAGCGGUGCAGGAGAGAGAGGUGGCCAGGGCACCUCGGGAAUCCGCCCGGACGAGGAAACCCCUAACAGUCGAGGAACACACACUGGUGGAGGUACCCGAGCUGGCCAAGGCAGCCUGUCUGAUUCUGGCAGGAAUUCGCUGACCAGUCUGCCCACGUAUACAGGUACAGGCUCAGGCUAUGGUCCUCCACCAGCCCUUGGGCCCCUCAGUGCCUCCACCAGCCACAUCAAUCGCCUUGGCACUGCAACAACCGGUCUGGACAAGCCAGAUAAACCAGGCUACCAAAAUGGUCUGAGUGCCUCUGACAGUGGCCACUCGUCUUCGGGCAAGAGCUCGUCGUCUUAUCAGCGCCUCAGCCACUUGAGUGAUGCGCCAGCACCCUUGCGGCCAUCGCCAUCCUCCGAUGAUGUCAUUCGUGACCUGGAGGACCGCUUGUGGGAAAGAGAGCAAGAGGUGCUCCAUAUGAGACGGAACCUGGAUCAGAGUGAGGCAGCAAUCGUACAGGUGUUCGAAGAGAAGCAACGGGUGUGGGAGCGUGAAAUGGAGGAACUGAGGCAAAACUAUGCUGGGCGGCUGCAGCAGGUGACCCGUCGUGCCCAGCGUUCACAGCAGGCCCUGCAGGCCCAGAUCAGCCGCCUGCAGCAGGACAAGCGCAGGCUCCAGGACGAGAUGACGCUGCUCCUGGCCCAGCGUGAGGAGCUGGAGAAGAAGUGCCUGGACUACAGGAAGGAGCAGGCCGACCUCCUGCCCAAGCUGGAGGAGACCAAGUGGGAGGUGUGUCAGAAGGCAGGUGAGAUCUCCUUGCUGAAACAACAGCUGAGGGAGAGCCAGGGCGAGGUGACCCAGCGUGCUGGAGAGAUGGUGGCCCUAAGGAAUCAGCUGAAGGAGCUGAACGCCCAGCUGAGGGAGCGAGAGCAGGCCGAGAUCAGCCUGAAGGAAUCAUUCUGUACCAAGACGCUGGAGCUGGAGCGCUGCGAGGCAGAACUGCAGGCCAUGCUGGCCGAGGUGACCGUCCUGAGAGACAAGCUGAGUGCAUUUGAGACGGAGGUAGCCGGGUUGAAGAAAGCCCUGAGUGAGCUUAGCAACACCGCUAGCACUCACAGCACCGAGUCCAGCUUGGCUGAUAUGGGUCAGCUGGUGCUGUCUCGGAGCCGUGAACGCAUCCUCUCGCCCCUGAGCCCACCAGAGACGCCCACCUCUUUGCCCCCUCUUUCGUCGCUGCCCUCUGUAUCCUCGCUCCCCCCUUUGCCUGCACUGCCUGCCCCGGACCCACUGCUCAGCCUGCAGAGCGAUGAUUCCAAGGUGCAGCGGCAGGAAGCGGGAGACCUGCGGCGCCAGCUGGAGCUACUUCAAGGGGAGCUGCGUCUGGAGCGGCAGCAGCGUGAGCGCCAGGCACUCACCUUCGCCCAUGAGCGCCAAACCUGGCAGGGAGAAAAAGAGCGUGUGCUCAAGUACCAGGCACAGCUGCAGCUCAGCUACGUAGAAAUGCUGCAGAAGAACCAGGCACUGGAAGAGCGCGUCGACCAGCUCGGGGCCCAGCUGGCCACUCCGAUCCUGGUAUCGCCGGCAACACCGACUUCGCCGCCUUCCUCUGCUAGUCUUGAGGUGCCCACGACAGCACCUGUGGUCGUGUCAAUCACCUCCCCGACACCCCCAGUCGAGGAGAAAAAGGUGCCCGCCCUGCACCAGCUGGCGCCCCCGUGGCCCGUUCCCACUCGUCUGGAGAGGAUCGAGUCAACAGAGAUAUGAUGCCAGUAAAUGUGACCUCCUUGAUGCAGUAUUAAAAAAAAAAAAGAGAAACAAUUAGAGCACCAGUUACAAUAGUGUUAAGUACAAACCCUCCUGAAACAAAAGCGUCAUGUCUAUAACUUCUGAGGACAGUCCAAGGAUGCCCUGCUGAGUGAGGCAGACGUUAGGGUUGAGGAGUGCGGGUUGCUAAGUAAUAUGUUUGUGUGGCCUUAUGACUGACCUAGGAAAAGCUCUGGAUCCUAAAAGGUGUUGGUUUGGGUGGCGGGGGUGUAGGAAGAGCUGGCCCUGAGUCUGUAGCCAAGAGGAACGUGAGUACAUCGAACACUCAGGGGAUAAGGGAUCAGGCAUUAAUAAUCCACAUUUCAGGCUAGACUGAUGUAAGCUAGCUCUCAAUGAACGGUUCACGAUAACAAAUGUGUCACGGUAUAAAUCUAUUACAAACAGCUGUCAAGUUUAAACUUAAAAAACACAACUGAUUAUUUAAAGGUGCAGUUUUGUAAACUAUAAAUCUAUAAACAUAUAAUUUCAAAGAAAAACUGUGUUUUGCAAUAUUGCCAUACGUACAGUGGCUGUACAGCUAGUUUCUUCAUUUUGUUUCGCUUAAAAGAUUUCCAGCCUGGAAAUGUGUUUAAUUCCCGCCGCUGGAAGAGUGUUACUUAACUCCGCCCCUUUUCCCUUAUAAGGCGACGCAUACGUUUUCUAAUAUAUUCACUGCAAGUGCAUUUCACAUCACAGGGAACAACCACAGGGCUCAACAAAUUACAAACUGCUCCUUUAAAUAACAUUUCUCUAAACCCUACAGCAAACAAGAUCAAGAAUAUAUAGAAUAGCAUCCAUAUCAGCUGAAGAGACUGAAGAAAGAUUUUUUUUUUUUUUAAGCUUAAUUAGAAGCUACAGGGAGAGACGUGACACACUUCCUGUCUAUGGUGCUUGUCCAAACCACACCAGUGUGUGUGGGUGUUUUUUUUUUUCCCAAAAUGAAGGACCAAAUACAGUAUUUAGGAGGCGUUGCUGGUCUCGAGUUCCCUCAUAAUGGACGUAGUCGUGGUAGUGAUUACCAGUGGACUCCAAGACCUGGUGUGUUGUAUAGGAGCGUGCCUCAACCCUCCUGAUCUGAUAGCGAAAGCAGCGGCGGAGGACCGACACGUGGUCAUUUGACUUGAAAUCAUAUUACUAGAACAGAACAUUUCUGCUUUUCACCUUUGUAUUCCAUCUUUCCGAAACAAUGUAGAAUAUAUUAGAGAGCAAGCGAGAGGUAUUGAAAAAACAACAACAACAACAUACAAACAAAAAAACAAAUAGUUUGAUGCACUUUGCUUUGGUCUCAGACAAUGUUUCUUUUUAAGAGAGGUGUGUGUUUGAUGAACAGCAUCUGCUGAGUGAUGUUUGGUUUAUGAAGCUGCUAGUUAGUGGAGGAGUCAGCGGCUGAGCCAAAAAAAAAAAAAAAAGUGCUAAGAGGACAAUUAGAAUAGCGCGUGGUCCGUCCACCGCUAAUGAACUAAUGAGUCUGUGUAAGUGGGACCUUACCUUCUUCCAAAAAAGAAUAUGUGUCAAUGUAUACUUUCUGAAAGUAUCAUUU